AUGUCUCGUUUUCUCCGCAGAGCCAUUCCUUUUCGGCGGCAUAUUAUCAAAGCGAUUUCUCCUUCAAAAUUUCAACCUCAGCUUUGUCUUCAAAGCCAGUGGUUUCCUGUUAGGUACGCUAACUCAAACGCCUCGAAUGAGAGCUCUUUCAUGGUCUCAUAUCUCAUUGACACGUGUGGCUUCUCGCCCAAAGAAGCUGAAGCAGCUUCUAAGCGUCUCAGCUUCGAGACGAGAGAGAAGCCAGAUUUGGUUAUCAAGUUCCUGAAAAGUCAAGGAUUCUCACAGCCCCUCAUUCUUGGUCUCAUUAGAAAGGCCCCAUGGUUUCUUCGGUCUGAUCCUGAAAAAACCUUUCUGCCCAGGAUUGAAUUUUUCAAAUCCAGAGCUCUUGAACAUUCCUCGGGCAUUCUUCUUCGUUCUAGAACCUCUACCGCGCCUAAAAUAGAGAUAUUUCGAGAAGCAGGAGUUCCUGAAUCAAAUAUCAUCAAAUAUUUGCAAUUUUACUCUAGAUCAUUUACUUUUUCUUCUCCUGCUCGAAUUAAGAAGAUUGUGGAGGAAGUGAAAGAACUUGGUUUUGAUCCUUUGAAGCUUCAAUUCCUUAUGGCUGUUCAUGUAUGCUUAUCCUUAAAAAAAUCCACACUGGCUAAAAAGGCAAAUGCUUUGAAGAAGUGGGGUUUCUCUGACCAUGACAUUCUUGCAGCAUUUAGAAAGUUCCCCUGCUGUCUGACGCUGUCAGAAGAUAAGAUUGAUGCAACAUUAGAGUUUCUUAUCCAUAAAUUGGGCUGUGAUCCUUCCGUUAUCAGUAGCACAUAUCCUUUUGUUUUGGGAUAUAGUUUGAAAAAGCGACUUGUUCCCAGAGGUGCUGUCCUUCAAGUUCUGUUGUCAAAGGGUCUGGUGAAAAGAAAAACUUUGCUUUCAACAAUGUUGUAUACGGAAAAUGACUUUUUAAGGAGGCUUGUCCUUUGUCAUGGGCAAGAAGCUAAUGCGUUAUUGGAGUUGUAUCGUGCAAAACUGGAUCAAGCAAAGUGA